AUGGCUUCAACGAGCUAUCGCUUCGAUUGGUUUCAAACGGAGGCUGCCGUGACAAUGACGGUGAUGAAGAAAAAUGUUUCGCCAGAACGAUGCCAAGCGAGGAUCAGCGAAAACAAUCAUCUGCGAAUCAACGUUGACGAUGAGGAAAUUUGGACUGGAAAACUCGAAGGGCCAAUUGAUCCAACAAAAAUCACCAUCAAAUGCACGCCUUCAAAGAUCGAGGUCUCGAUGCCAAAAGCAACACCUGGAAGAUGGACAAAGCUGGUGAUUGAGGCGGAUUCAAUUCAGCCAACAACGACGAAAAGGGAUUGGGAUGCCCUCGAGAAGCAGAUGAAAAAAGAGGAAGAAGACGAGCCAUUACAAGGCGAGGCUGAAGUCGAGAGAAUGUUCAAGAAAAUCUACGCUAGUGCGAGCGAUGACACGAGACGAGCAAUGAUCAAGAGCUACAGCGAGUCGAAUGGCACGGUUCUGUCAACAAAUUGGUCCGAAAUCAGCAAGGAAAAGACUGAAGUGAAGCCACCAGAUAGCAUGGAGUACAAGAAAUGGGAGCAA